GAGGAAGCAGGCUUCCUGCUGAGCAGAGAGCCCAAUGCGGGACUUGAUCCCAGGACCCUGAGAUCAUGACCUGAGCCGAAGGCAGAGGCUCAACCCACUGAGCCACCCAGGCACCUGCCAAAUACAUUUUUAAUUCAACAUUUAAUAAUGUUGAUAAUAAAUGUUAAUAAUAAACAUUUAAUAAUGUUUGUUGCAAGUCCUUUUAGAUUUUCUACAUAGAUAGUUCUCUCUUCUGCAAUUAUAGUUUUACUCCUUUCUUUCCAAUCUGUGUAUCUUAUAUUUUUCUUAUCUCAUUCAUCAGGGUAGGAUUUCCAGUAGUAUUGAUUAGGAAUAAUGUGAGUGGGCACUCUUACCUAUUACUGAUCUUUGGGAGAAAGCACUCCGUUUCUCACCAUUAAGUAGGAUAUUAGUUGUAUAUGCCCUUUAUUAAAAGGUUAAGGCAUAUUAACCUUUUAACCAUAUUAAACCUAUAUUAACCUUAACCAUAUUAAAGGGUUAAAGCAUUUCACUUCUGUCUCUAGUUUGCUAUGUUUUUAUUAUAAAUCUUUGAUUUGGUCAAAUUUGUCUUUAUCUGUUGAAACAAUCAUACAGUAUUUUGUGUUAUGUCUGUAUUAGAGGUUACAUUCAUUAUUAAGAGAGCCUUGCAUUCCUCAGGCGAACCAUGUAUUAUUUUUAUAUACUGCUGGAUUCAAUUUGCUAAAAUUUUAUUGAUGAAUUUUACAUCUUGUUUAUGAGGUAUAUUGUCAGUGGUUUUCUUCUUAUGUCUUUGAUUUUGGUUUAUGGUUAUGUUAGCCUCAAUAUGAGUUGAGAAGUGUUCCUCCUCCAUUUUCUUGAAGAUACGGUAUAGAAUUAGAAUUUUUCUGUGAAACCAUCUGGGCUUGAGAGUUUUUAGAAAAUUUUAAAUACAGAUUCAAUUACUUUCUUUAUACUUAACUUACUAUUUAUUUUUGAGUUUGAUAGCUUGUAUUCUUGAAGGAAUUUUGUUCUACAGUGGAGAUAGAAGGGAAAGGUCUUGGUGGUGUUUCAGCCCCUUGUGCAGAGCUGUUGUUCCCCUACCUUGGUCUGCACCCCAGAGGAUACUUCUUAGCGCUCCCGAUCUUUCUAUGAGUACCAGGUAGAGUUCAUGGAAGAAGAGCCUGUGAGACAAUGUGGACUCCCCACAGUAUCUUUGGCCCCAAGGGUUCGCAGUAUUCUGCCAUUCUGGAGUCUGCCUUUACGUUUGCCAGCUAUAUUAACUGUACUACCUCAUGUGGGCUUGUGUCACCUCUCCUUUUUCCUGAAGGGAAGACUUUGUAUCAGUUGUUUACUUGGCAACCUUAGGUCUCCUAUGGAAUCACAUAAAGUCUUAAGUUGGAAACUAUUUUUGUUCUUUUUUUGCUGCAGGGAUAAAAGAAAUACUUUUUACAGAUCUCUACAUCCUGAGGCAAAAGUCUUUAUGUUUUUUAAAACACGAGUUUCAAGGUAUAUUCAGUUAAGCCAAGUGGUAGAAUGUUUAUUCUGACCUUUGCACAUAAAUUAUUUAACCUAGAAAUACAUGAUAGUGUGAAGAUGACUUGAGAGCUCCCAAAGCACUCUGCAAAAUUCAGUUGUCUAGAGAAUGUACUUUAUUUUGUAGGAUUUGGACUUCUAUUUGCAGUAAGGAGAGACAACCAAGCAACUUAAGCCUAGAUUCUCCUAAAGUAUUAGGAGCGAUAGGAAUCUAAUAAGAUGGUUAAAUGCCCCCAGCUUCUUCAGUCCUUGAGUGGGAUGACCCUGAGGCAUCUUUCAGUAUUGACUUUCAGGGUUCCCAGAGGAAUAUGAAUCUGAGGAGGAAGUUUGAAGCAGAUACUGCAGAUUGGUUCAUUCUGCACCAGAGUUUUUCAACCUUGGCACCAUUGACAUUUUGGCCUGGAUAAUUCUUUGUUGUACUUGAAACCAUUGAAAUUUGGCCUUGGAAGAAAAUUACCAGCCUCCAGGAGAAGCUGAUUACAAAAUCAGCUUUUGUCAAUGACCACAGAUGUCACAAAUCUAGAUUUCUCAUUUGGAACCUCAAAUAGAUGUCGCUGAGGUAGGUAACCUGGUCCAAUCCUGAAGAAUUCAAGGGCAGAAAAGAAGUCUACUUGUGAAGUUUUCUUGUCCCUGGUAUGCGCAGGAAAUGAAGACAUUGCCUGGCAUGUUUGGAAUUGGGAAAUUGUGCCUGGUAUUCGUCCUAAUCCCACAUCUGAGCAUCUGGAGUAUCAACGGUGAAAAAUCAUGUAAAGAACAACUGCAUGUAAAGAGACAUUCCAUAUACACUGUCUCAGCAGGGAAAUCAUUUGAUCUGAAAUGCCCUGUGAAAUACUGUACUAACAGACCUGACGUAAUCUGGUGCAAACUCGAAGGAAAAAGCUGUUUACCUUUUAGGAAUAAACAUCAUACAUACACAAGUUGGGACAAAAAGGAGAAUAUUUCAGCUUUUAUUCUGCAUUUUAAUCGUGUGCUGCCUGAUGAUAAUGGGUCAUACCGCUGUUCUGCGAAUCUUUCAUCUGGACUUGUUGAAAGCCAUUCAAUUACCAUUAAUGUAACAGAAUGGACUAGAAAUAAUUCCGAAUACCCUCUGAUAACAUCGACUCACAUUUCAGAUACAACGAGUGCCUCAGGACCACCCUCUGCAGAAGUGACAGAUGAAAGACAAUGGAUGCUUUAUAGUCUGCUUCCUUUAGGAGCAUUGAUUCUGCUUAUUAUCUGUUUCUACCUAUUCUGCUGCCUUCGAAGGCACAAAGCAGAACAAAAGAAGCCUUCUGAUACAGCAAGAAGGGAAGUUAACCUGGUUGAUAUUCCUCAGCCCUUUAGGAGUGAGCAAACUGAAGUGGGAACCAGGCAAAAUCCCCAAACACUGCCAUCAGAGAUUAGUACUUAUGAUAAUGAGCCCUGGUUCAGGGUCCAGGAAGAGUCUGAAGUUUAUUCUAACCCAUGUCUGGAGGAAAACAAACAGAGCAUUGUUUAUGCCUCCCUGAACCAUUCUGUCACUGGAAUAAACCCAAGACAACCAAGGAAUGCGAAAGAGGCACCCACAGAAUAUGCAGCCAUAUGUGUAAGGAGUUAAAUUCCAUCUGGAUCUCCAACCAAUGAUCACUGAAUGAUCAGCAUAUCAAUGCCAUUUUCUGAGCCCAACAAAAUAUCAGACAGUAUACCUUGACCUGAGAAGUUUCACUUCAAGGAGGUUCAUGUUGGUGCUUGGGUCUUCAGGGUCCAUAGGACAAAUGACUAAAAUUUCUCCCCCCAAAUUACAAGGGAACUUUUUUACAGCAUAGCACUGAACAAUAGCACAAAAAGCCUUCCCUCCAAAAAUGAAUGGUAUUAUGAAUAGCAGGGUAGCAGAACAUUUAAACUUAGAUACAUUUUACCCAAUGGAUGAAGUUAGUAUAUUUUUUGGAGGAUGAGAGAUACAUGUAAGCAAGAGAGAUUUGUGUUAUCUGGAUUAGUUCACUACACUCUCUUGACGAAGAAAGAAUGUCCCAGUUUGACUGACUAACCAUCAACAAAGCAACAAUAUUAUGUUUAUUCCUCGUCAUUCUUCCAUGAUGAGAAAUUUUCCUCUGUCCAUCUCAUACUGGGGUUUCUUACAUGUAAAGAAGAAAUCAUUUUUGACUUGUUAUAAGAAAAGAAUGGAAAGAAGAAAUGGUGCAAUGAAGAUGUGGAACACACCAGCUAAUGUAGUGUAGAGGCUCCCCAUCCCUGACAGAAGGUUUUAUCUGCCCUGUUACACUGCUAAGCAAACAUAGGUAGUAAUGGAGUAUUAAUGUGUUUGUUGCUCAUUUGUAACCACAGUUGUGACUCAGGGUUUGGGUCACAUAAUGUGACAUAAUGUGACAUAAUGCUGCUAAAUUAAUAUCCUUGGGGGUGUCUAAGUAAACAUAAAAAUCGGUGAAAAUAAGUAUCAUCCAGCAGGUUCAGAUUGGUAGCUUAAACUGCAUUGCGGUUGACCUGAUAGCAAAUGAAAAGCAUAGUUACUGGAAUAGAGAAAAGUCUGGAAUAUUUAGUUGGUCAGUACAGGUCACUAUCCUUUCAUUAAGCACAUCUGUAUGGCUUCAUAACAAUUCAUUUUAAAAUACUGUAGUUGCAGUCACUUGACUACAGCAAGAGGCGAUGCUUUCAAAGUGUCUGAAUUUCCAGAGUACUUGAGUCUAAUUAUUUCAAAAAUAAUCGACAACUUUAUUCAAUAGCUUGAGGCUGUUAGGAUUCUCAUGUGCUGCUACUAAGUAAGGCAGUACGCCUCAUACAAAGUGGACAGCAAAGGUUGGAUCCAUUUGAACAAAUAGUUGAGCUGCUGCACAAAUGAAUGUAUGUGUGUGUGUGUGUGUGUGUGUGUGUGUGUGUGUAAGGAAGACUAGGUGACUUAUAGAAAUAGUAAAAAGAGAAACCGACAAAAUUAACAUUCCAUUUCAGUUUCCUAAAAUGUUCAGAAUACUAGAGAAAAUGGAUCAUUAAAGAAAAUGUAUGAAAAUAGAAGUUUGAAAUUAUGGCAAUGAGGGUAUGAUAUCCCAUAAUAUUUUUUAUCCCAUAAAGAUAAAACUGGGAUUUUGUGGUGGAGCUUUUCUUCUGUAACAACACUGACAUUAAGAUUUUGCCCCUUAGGAAGAUGUAUGCUAUGGUGAAUGCUGUGAAGUGUGAACCUGACGAUUCGCAGACCUGUACCCCUAGGGCUAAUAAUACAUUAUAUGUUAAUAAAAAAAAAUUUUUUUAAGGAUUUUGCCCCUUAAAUUGGGAUUGUGGGUGUUUCUUUAGAGUCACUGUUAUCAAGCCAGUAUGAUAGCACAGUACCUGGAAUUCUGAGCAACGGAUCUAGGUAGGCUCUUUCAGCGAAGCUGCAUUUUUAGGCAACUACAUACAAAAGAUAUAUUAGAAUAACUGUUUGUGGUAUUCUUAAAUAUAGAAACAGGAAGCAUGGGAGGAUACCUUUAGCUGCCCUUAUCAGAUGAAAACACACAGCUGAACAGUUCCUUCAUAAUUUUCUUAAAUUUAAGCAACAAAAAAUUUUCUGUCUAUUGUUAUAUUAUUAGCCUGUCUUAUAGUAAAGAUAAUGUUGAUAAUGAUUUCACUUCUACAAAUGAUUUAUUCUUAAAUUUGUAUCAUGCUGCCAAAAUUCCAAAUCACUUAUGUUUUUAUUGCUUCUAAAUAAAGGGUGUCAGAAUUAUAUAUGUAUUUCCCACAUAAACCUAUUUCAGUAUUAUUCACAUGGUUUAUUUCAUUAAUAAUAAGGUAAUGAAUAAUAAAGUUAUUAAAACUUCUUUGGAA